AUGGAUCAUUUCAUGGAACAGGCAUUGGAACAAGCGCGGCAAGCCGAUCAGCUUAAGGAGGUCCCGGUCGGUUGUGUAUUUAUUUAUCGUAACAUGAUUAUCGCCAGUGGGUGUAACCGUGUGAACGAGACGAAAAACGCUACACGUCAUGUUGAAUUUAUCUGCAUUGAUCAAGUGCUCGAAUAUGCCAGAACGAACGAACUGAGCUAUGAAGACGUGUUUCGAGAGGUUACCGUUGUGGUCACCGUAGAACCCUGCAUUAUGUGUGCUGCUGCACUGAUAAAUUUACACGUCAAGGAAAUCAUCUACGGCUGUCGGAAUGAUCGUUUCGGUGGUUGCACUGUGCUUGAUGUUCCGACACUGCUGGAAACGGACAUACCCAUCCGAGGUGGCGUGCGUGCGGAUGAAGCUAUGCAGCUUCUGAAAACGUUCUACAAAGGGGAAAACCCUUCUGCGCCUGUUCCGAAAUCAAAGACUCUUCGAUGAAUUAUAAUUUGGUUGCAUAAUAAUUUGAAAUUCAACUUUUUGUAAAUAUUUAAUCAUUUAUCACUAUAAACGUACUUUUUAUAAUGAAA